UUUUAAUUAAAAAUGAGUAGUGUAUAAUUCGUCAACUCUAAAGCUGAAGUGCUUCGUAAAUAUUAAGCAUUAGCAAUGAAUAUAAAUGCUGCAGCUGGUUUAAUGGAAGUCAUGAAAUCAAAUUUAGGACCUAAAGGUACAUUAAAAAUGCUUGUGGGUGGGGCUGGAUAAAUAAAACUUACAAAGGAUGGUGCUGUUCUAUUAUCAGAAAUGUAGAUUUAGCAUCCAACUGCAGCUAUGAUAGCUAGAAGUGCUACAGCUUAAGAUGAUAUAAUUGGUGAUGGUACAACUAGCAACGUUUUACUAAUUGGUGCAUUAAUGAAACAAGCUGAAAGAUUAUUAGCAGAAGGAAUUCAUCCAAGAGUAAUUACAGAAGGAUAUGAACUUGCAAGAAAGGAGGCUUUAUAAUUUUUAGAUAGUUUCAAAUAUUAAUAAUUUGAUAAAGCUGUAUUAAUAAAUGUGGCUAGAACUUCAUUAAAUAGUAAAUUAACACCUGAUGUUGCGAAUUAGUAUUAUAAUAUGUUAAGAAAUUAUUUAGAAUUAUUGAGAUAGUAGUUGAUGCAGUAUAAAUAGUAUAAGUGCCUGAAAAGCCAAUAGAUUUGUUUAUGGUUGAGAUUAUGCAUAUGUAACAUAAAAUGGGAGCAGAGACAGAAUUGAUUAGAGGAUUGGUUUUGGAUCAUGGAGCAAGACAUCCAGAUAUGCCAAAAUUUGUGAAGAAAUGUUAUAUUUUAAAUUUGAAUGUCUCAUUAGAAUAUGAGAAAACAGAAGUAAAUAAUAAAUAAAUAAAUAGGUUCAUAGUGGAUUCUUUUAUAAUACAGCAGUAGAUAGAGAGAAAUUAGCAAAUUCUGAACGAAAAUUAACAGAUGAUAAAUGUUAAUAAAUUAUUGAUUUUAAGAGAAAGGUUUGUGAAAAGAAUGGAUAUGGAUUUGCAGUUAUUAAUUAAAAAGGAAUUGAUCCAGUUUGUUUAGAAAUGUUUGCUAAAGAAGGAAUUGUUGGUAUAAGAAGAGCCAAAAAAAGAAAUAUGGAGAGAAUUGCAAAAGCUUGUGGUGGUAAUUCUGUAAAUGCAGUUGAGGAUUUAACAGAAAAUGAUCUUGGAUAUUGUGAAGUGGUAAUAAUUUAAUAUAACAUUAAAAUAGUUAAGAGAAUACACUUUAGGAGAAGAUAAAUAUACAUUUAUAGAAGGUGUUUAAAAUCCCACUUCAUGUACAAUUUUAAUUAGAGGACCAAAUGAACAUACUAUUGCAUAAAUUAAAGAUGCUAUUAGAGAUGGAUUAAGAGCUGUUAAGAAUGCUAUUGAAGAUAAAUGUGUUAUUCCUGGAGCUGGUGCAUUUGAAAUUGCUACUAGUGUUCAUCUUUAAAAAUUUAAAGAUUCUGUUGCUGGAAAAGCAAAAUUAGGAGUUUAAGCUUUUGCUGAAUCUUUAUUAGUUAUUCCUAAAGCUCUUGCUGAAAAUUGUGGAUAUGAUGUUUAAGAAACUAUAAUUUAAGUUACUGAUGAAUACAUUAAAAAUAAUAUUCCUGUUGGUGUUAAUGUUAGCGAAUAAGGUUUUAUUGCUCCUAUUGCUAAUGGCAUUUUUGAUAAUUAUUGCUCUAAAAGAUCUUGGUUGAAUAUUGCCCCUACUUUAGCUUAAUAAUUAUUAUUAGUUGAUGAAGUAACCUUUAAUAUAAUUUAUUUAGAUUAUGAGAGCUGGUAAAUAGGCAGGAGGUGCCCCACAAUGAUAAGAAUGAUAUAAUUAUAUUUCAGUU